GUGGCAUAUCAAUUAUUAAAUCAAAACACUUAAAUAUAUUACCAAAGUGGACUAAACAAAUCAAGUUAUGUUCGUGAUCAAGCAUACUAUAUCAACAUUGCUGUUCAUAAAACCAUUUAAGUCAUAUCAUUUUUCUUAUCAAUUAUCUUAACACGCGAAAUAAACGCAAUUUUUUUUAACUAUGAAUGUGACCAUAAAUCUGUCAGAUUGACACCGCAGACAGAAAUAACGAUAUCAUGCUGUCGUCCUCGCACUUGUGCCCGCGAACGCCAAAUUGAAGUAUUGAUUUGUUUACAAGUAGGAGUGCACGGAUAUUUUUCAAGUAUCUCGCACUGUAGUUAUAUCCCAUAGCCUUGUCAGAGCGAUUGGAUGAUAAUAUCCCGCUUAAUUGCUGCCUUCCGUGUCAGACAUUAUCAGUGGUCGGUGCCAGCUGUGAGCCGCCCCACGAGUUCCGACGGCCUAAAAGCAAUUACGAGAGUUUCUGGCGAGUUGUUUUAUCGAUUGCUCGCCUUUCCGUGCCCCGGGAUUGUGGUGUUCUCCUAAUCGCUUAGAGGCUCGAUAAGGAUCUGAGAAUGUGCGACGAAAUGAUGUAUGUCAAUGGUUUUAUUCACGAAUUGGGUCAGCAGUGAGUUUCUCUCGUCUGAAGCAGCGUAUUCGCGCGAGACACUCGAUAAUGGUUGUUUAUUUAUUCAAGCUGUAAUUACGUCUCCCAGGCAAUGGAAAGUGCAGUGAUUGUGUUUUGAGGGGUAUUUGAAAACAGUCGUCAUGUAUGGGAUGUUGUAUGUCGGAUCACUGGCGGGUAACAAGGUGGAAUGGAUAGCGGCAGGCUGGAGGCGGCCCCUUCCGGGGCGGUACACCUGGACACAGUGAGGGCGCUGCACCAGACUGUCGUCUCACUCAGAACUGCACUUGAAAUAUCCAAGAAUGAACUGAAACAGUUGAAGGAGAAGUAUGAGCAGCAUGCCCACUGCUUAGAGUAUGCAGAUAUUAUAGAGAAACUCACUUUAGAGAACCACAUAUUAAGGAGAACAAUAAUAGAUUCAAGAUAUGAUGAAAAGGAGCCUAGUGCACAGAACAUAAAGUUGGAAGUUACUUACAGCCCCCAGUCACAAAAUAUUGAGGAUUACACUAGUAGUGAGGUGGUUAUUGCCACUGCUACUGAGAGGCACACCCCAGUACAUGAAUUAGAGCUUGUUGCACAAGAACCAGAACCCCUUGCACAAGAAUCUGAUGCAAACAGUAAUAUUGGAUCUGUUGAGCAGUUGGAAGAAGUUCACGAGGACCUUGGAGAAAUAUCAGAGUCCACAGAAUUUAAUGCUGAAGAAUAUUCUCCUCAUGAUGAAGCAAAUAACAACACUGAGGUAGAAGACUUCUCUCAGGCCACAACUUCACAUAAACAGACAACAGAGCCAGAAGGUGUACACCAGCCGAGCUUCAAAACCAAACUUGAACUUCUGUCAAAGUUUGAUGUCAGAAUAAAGGUCAGAACAUUGAAGGAAGGUACAAUCAUUUCUAGUACUACAUCGGACAGUGACUCCUCAGAAGACCGCAAAGGUUUUGAGAAAGAACCAACAGAAUUUAAAACCAACGGUGGCAAAGUUGAAGAGAACGAGAAACAAUUUGACCUAGAUAACGGUAACAAGACUGUGAAUAUCAAAUCAUAUUCUACAGACAAUUUCAAGAUGGCGGUGCCCAAUGAAGCUGAUGCAAAGACUAAGACGGACAAGUUUGAUGUGCAAGUGAGGAUUACCUCUGAGGAGAACCUGGUAGUAAAGGAAAAUGUGGAGAGGAGUAGGAGGAAGGAUACCCUCAACUUGGAUGUGGAUGAUUUGAGUCUCAGAUCCAUGUCCGAAGGCGACAAUUCGGUAUUUUCUGAAGGAGUGGCGACUCCUUUGGAUCCGAAUGUGUCAGCUAUAGGCGACGACAAAAAUGAGGAAAACGCCAGUGGCAACGAAUCUGAGGAAGUGGAUGAUAUAGAACUCAUAUUCACUACCGACGAGUCUAAAGAUAUGAGUAAUCUGCAGGAGGAUCUAGUCUCGAUACGCGAGACAGACCAGUGGGCUCCUCAGUCGAGUUCGACCGCGCACUCAACACCAGUGCUCAUCAAAUUCCACACUUUAGACCCUGACUUCCAACCAGGUCAGGACAAAGACAACGUAACUGAAAACCAAGAAAACAACGAUAAGCCAAUGGAAGUCUCAAAACAAAAGAGGGUAUCCUUACCAAAUGAUAAGGAAAUAAGGCAUGUUGCCUUUAAUGGGAAUAAGGGUAAUUUGGAGUUGCCAGGCCGAAGCAUCCUGAAGAGCUGCGACAAUAGAUCUGAUAACACCCUAUUUAGGAAAAGCCCUAAUACAAGUAAUAGGAGACUAGACAGCAUCGAUAGCUUGACUUGCGAGUACAACAGAGGCCUAAGCUUUGACAACACGAAGUCAUCGAGUUUUGAACUAGGAUCCAGUAUGGACAUCCUUCAUCGUGAGGAGAGUGUGGAUAGUUUCCACAGGAAUGUAAAUUUGGGACAUAGGUAUUCAGUGUUUGCUGGGACUGAUAUUUCCAAGUGCGGUACUUCUGAAGAUGACUUGGCUGCUAACUUGAAUAUUAGGAGGAAUACUUGCCCUAAUCCGUUUCAAUAUCGGCCAUCGUCGGGCUACCGCGGCGUGUCCCGCCCCCCGGGUCCGUUCAAGGCGGGCGGGUCCCGCUUGCGGCCGGUGUUGCGCGACCCGGCGCAGGCGCGGCGCGAGAGCGGGGCGCAGACCGAUGUGUGCGCGCUGCCGCCGCGGUGGAGCUCCGAUGGCUACCUCGCUCAUAAGAUGUCGGUCCCCCCUCCGUGCGCGCCCACAGUCCCGUCCCGCGCGCCCGGGGCCGGCGCGCGGCGGCUGGCCGUGCCCGAGCCGCGCCCGCCGCCGCCCGCGCGACGGAACGACGAGACACGACGAGUCAUGCUCAGUGAUAUCGGUUUCACAUCGAUGGUCCCCGAGCUGUCCCGGUCUGCCGACCCGGUGUGGGCGCUCGGCAAGCUGCAGGCGCACCCGGACGAUAUCAUAUCCACCACCACAUCCACAUCCAAAUUCUUGUCUCGCGGCUCGUCGUACCGGUCGCCGUGUCUCAGUAUAGACAGGAGCAACGAUUGGACUCCGCAGCAUAUCUACAUGCCGUCUAGAGGUCUUCGGCCAUGGCGCAGUUCUCUACCGGAUGUGCGUCGUGACGACACAGACGAGCUGUUGGAGGAGGCGGAGGUGUUCGUCAGGCGAUCUAUAGACAACCUGCAGUCGCCGUAUGUCAACGACUGUAGCUUGGAGAAGCCAUCUGGUGUGACUGGGCAGCCGUACAUACAUCCCUCGUCAGACCUCGGCACGUCCAUCAGAAACAAGUGUUUGGAACUGGAAGAGAUCCUCCAGAGCCUCAAGUCUCGGCUAAACCACGUCGUACUGGACGAAAACAUAGUCCUCAGCCCUGAGGCCAACUCGAUGGAGGCGCAACUAGAGCACGAUCUCGACACAGACUGCCAGGAGGACUUGUCACUACAGGAGUUCCUGGAGCUGCUUCACUCGCAAAACAAAAUAAGCCCGACAGGAGUACAAUGA